AUGCCAAAUCUGGCACGUCUUCCACGGUGGCGCACUGCCCGGUUCUUUGGCUCAGAUGCGCGACGCCGACUAGCGCAGCCUCGAUCGGGUCUCCUCCACGAGCCCUGGCUACCAGCUCCCUCUUUGCCCGCCGCCUAUUUUACACCCACUCGGCCCCGGCGGGAAGUAAAGCUGGGUGAUCGCAGAGACCAUAAACCGCCAGAUGAGCGAACUCUGAAGCUUGGAAAGAGUACAUACAUUAUCCGGGGCCUCUUGAGCUGUGCUGACCUUGGAACUAUAGCUCUACGAACCCUCUCCCCACUUCUUCCAACUCUCUUGUACAACACUUUACCAACCAACAUUCUCUCCCCAAGCGUCAACCUCCACCUCUUCCCAUCCACCCAUCCCCACCUCCCCAUCGUCAAAGGUCGUACCCUCUACCGCGCAGCCUUAUGGACCGUUCCUGUCGCAUGGAGCAGCGUCCCACUUGUCGGCAACGUCAAACUUCAAAUUCUCAGUGAACGGAUCGUGCGCUCAGGAACACUCCUCGAUCCCACUCAUGACGGCCAUCAUCACGACUGCGGCGACGAGCGUCUCAUAGUUCGCUGGAAAACAGAGCCUCGAACGGAUAGCAGACCAUUCCAUGGUCCCGCUGCGUCCACCCCGCCGAAACCUCCAACCAGCCAUCUCUCCGACUCGCAGGGCACCAAUAAAGGUCUCAGUGUGCUUCUCGGGGGAGAUGAACCGAUAUUCAAGCUCUCGAAAGAAGAGCAGUUCACGGGUAUCUUCAUCUUCUCUUUUGACGAGGAGGGCCGCAUUUUGACACAUACCAUCGAACACGCAGACGAAGCAGACGGCUGGGACCGAACAGCAAAGUUCGUCACUUUGACGGAUUGGCUUAUUGGAAAGGCCCGGGGCUCGUUAGAUCCCAAUCCGGAGCUUGCUAUACAGUGCCAGAACGAAGCUGCUCGGCGGUGA